CUCAUCGUCUCUCUCUCUCUCUCUCUCUCUCUCUCUCUCUUCCCCUUCCCAGUCUUCUCUUCUCCGUUUCUUUGCUAUGUGGGUUGCUCUUCAACCCAGAUGGUAGAGAGCAACCUUUUCGACUCUAAGCGUAUUUCUGAAUAGUUUUUCGCUUUCUCUGAUCUGGGUUCUCAUUGUUCUGAUCAUAUUUUCUCCAUUAAAUCCAACUCCUCUCCGUCUACUGUUAUAGCCAUCAAUACAAACUGACACUUCUGGGUUUUGGGGUAUUGUUACUCUGUGUCCUAUCUCCAACAGAUUCAGAAAAACAGGGUUUUAUGCGGGAGAUGGAGAGAAGCCCAGUUUUCUACAAGAAAUCAUCUUUAAUUGUUUGAGCUUUUAUUUUGGAGCAUUAGGGGAUAUUAUGGGUAGAGGCAGAGGGAAGGGGAAGAAGCUGACUGUUGUUACCAGUCAUGAGGAUCCUGGUAGUGGUGGGGAGGAAUCAGUUCCUGCAUACAAGAGAAGGGGAAGGCCACAAAAACCACUAAAGGAUGAGAUAGAUGAAGAAGACAUUGAGAAGAUAGAAGAGGAUGAUGGGAAGAAUGCCAAAUCAGAUACCUCAAAUAAAGAAAUGAAAGGUCCAUCAGUGGCAGAGAAUGGAAAGAAGAGGAAGAGGCAUUCACAGGCAAAAGAGAAUAUUGAUUCUGUCAAAGAGGAGGAUGGCACCGGGACCAGAUCAAGUACUGAUAUCUCGAUCAAGUCCAAUGGUUUUAGACAGAAUGGGAAUAGGCGAAAGAGCAAGCCUCGAAGGGCUGCUGAAGCUGGUGUUGAGUGUUAGUGAUAUUCGGUUUAGCCAUUGCAAUGAGUUUCUUCCAUUUUCCUCUCCGGUUAACUCCUAGAUCUGAGAAUCAAUUGUUGUUGGUUCGCCUCUGGUUCUUUAUUUUCUUUUUAUUUUGGCUUUUGUCGUUUCUUUUUCUUUUCUUUCAUUUGUAAGUUUUGAUUUUCAGUUACUUGUUGAUGAAUGAUUUUGUUUUGGAGGUAUGGAACAGGCUAUAUUGCUUCAUGUUCUUCAAUUAAGGUGUUACUGUUGGAUAUUUCACUAGUUUUGCUA